GGAAAGUCAGUCUAGUGGUUGAGGAGCAACAACCAACUUGUCAGUUGUGCUAGCUCUUAAAGUGAUAUGAGAUCAGUUUUACUCGCUCUCGCCGCUCUACUCCUCCUAAAUGGGAGCGAGAGCGGUAGCUCAAACAGGAGGAGAUCGCCCACGCCCACGCCUUCUUCCCAACCGAUCGACUUCGAUUGUCCAGAAGAAUUCGGUUACUAUGCACAUCCCACAGACUGCACGCAGUACUACGUGUGCGUCUUCGGUGGAGCACUCCUCGAGUCGUGUACAGGUGGUCUCAUGUACAGUCACGAACUUCAGACCUGCGACUGGCCCAGGAAUGUAGGUUGCGCUCCGGGCUCUGCAAGCCAGGUUCAGCAGCAAGUGCAGCCUGAGAGCAGACCGAGGCAGAGCCAUAGGGUUCAACAGAGCCAAAGGACGAUUCCUAAGCAUGACUUGUACACCGAAGAGGAACAACUAGGGCUAGCUGAAGAGCUAGAAUCUGACAGGCAACAGAGAGUUUACCGUGGCCAGCCAUCUACAAUCGGCCAAGUUGCUAGUGACCGAGAUGCUCUUUCAACCCAUUCAAACGCCAUACCGAUCCCUUCCGGCGGAAGAGAUAAACUGUCGGUUGUGUCUUACGGAACGCAGCAGCAAUACACAAGAGCAAGUGUCACUCCUCAACAGACCUACGUCGAACAGCAGACACCGGUUCCCUCUAGGAACUAUUCUCAGUCAAGAUAUGUGCCAUCACAAUAUGACUCGCCCUUCUAUAAUCUUUACGAUGAUGAAGUCGAUCUCUACAAAGAAAUUGGAAAUGGCGAUUACCAAUACACCAACAAUCAAAAUCAAUACCGUACACAGUACAAGGAAAAGAAGCCUCAAAUUGAAAUAGUCCAGCAAGAGCCUUUACAAAGAGGCUACUCCAAAAACAAAUACAACACUCAGUCCGAUAUUUACCAAUCCGUCACUCCGCAAGAAUACGAUUCUUAUAGCAUUCAGACCAACGACGACAUCCCUUACAAGCAACAAAUUCAACAGAAACCUUCCAACAGAUCUGGGGUAAAGGAGAGUGAAUCAGAUGGGACCAAGAGCGUUGUAAGCACAGUGUCACCCGGGUUAGCUCAGCAGGAAUCCAAUUCAAAGACUGAGACUGUAACGCCAAAAAUUGAAAUGCUAAACAGUCCUGAAGGGCCUAGAACUGAGAGACUUGUACAAGACAGUUUUGUAAUUCAAUUAAAGACUGCCAACACCCCGAGACCCUUUAAAUUAAUUGAAGACCCACCAGUGAGCUUACAAACUAGAGGACAUUUUAUUGUAAAAGAACCUGAACCAAAACAUGAAUUUUUGACUAUAGACAUUACACCUAAACCUAGGGUUAACAUUCCGAGGAAGGAGGAAACAAAAAGACCGAUUGCUAUAAGAAUUCCGGAAUCAGCUAUUGACUUGAAUAAAUAUCAGAGGAAAGAAGUAACCGCAAAACCACAGCCGAUCCGAGCCUUUGAAUCAUUGGAAUGGCUUCAAGGGGGUGAUGAGAAAAGAGUGCCAACCAUAAAAUUUCCAGAAAGUAAACCACCUUUGAGAAGUGAAGAAGAAUUUAGACAAAGAAGGCCUUCUUCGAUUAGAUUUCCAGAUCAAAAGGAAAGAAAUGUUGAGUCCCAAAAGUCACAAAAUGAUAGGAGAGGUUCGUAUCGCUUCCAAGAGUCUGUAUAUGAAUUGGAAGACUUCACUCAAAUCCCGCUGGAGCUGGAACAACAAGGAGAAAACAAAUCUCCUGAAACAAGGAGAGGUUCGAACUAUGAUGAGCAGAAACUGGCUAAAGAAAGAGGAGAGAAAGCUGAGGAGUUGAGGAGACAUCAAUUGGAAGAAGCAAAGAGAGAAAAUGCAAGGAGACAAGCUUAUGAACAAGCUCGAAUAAGGCAAAUUGAAGAAGCAGAAAGGGAAGCUGCAGAGGAACUGAGACGAAAACAACUUAAAAACCAACAGUAUGAAGCUGAACAAGAAAAGAAAGCAAAAGAAGAGAAAGAAAGGCAAUUAGCAGAAUUAGCAAGAAGGAAGGAAAUUGAGGCACAAAGAAAGGCUAAAGAAGAAGCCAGACUUAGAGAAAUUGUGGAGAAGAGAAAGAAGGAAAUUGAAGAAAGGAAAAGAAAAGAAGAAGCUGCAAAGAAAGAACUCGAAGAAAAAAGACAAAAAGAAAUGGAAGAAAUAAGAAGGAAAGAGCUUGAAGAAAAACAGAGAAAAGAAAUAGAAGAAGCUGAAAGAAUUAAGGCUGAAGAUCGAAGGAAGGAACUGGAAGCAUUGAGAAGGAAAGAAUUAGAAGAGAAAAGAAGAAAGGAAAUUGAAGAGGCGAGGAGAAAAGCAUUUGAAGAGAGAAAGAGAAAAGAAAUCGAGGAAGCUGAAAAAGCUAGGGCAGAAGCGAGAAAAAAAGAACUUGAAGAAUUGAGAAGAAAAGAACUUGAAGAGAAACGGAGAAAAGAGCUUCUAGAGAAACAACGGAAAGAGACUGAAGAGAAUAGGAGAAAAGAGAUAGAAGAAGCUGAAAAAUUAAGAAUGGAAACAAGAAGAAGAGAACUAGAACAGAUUAAACUCAAAGAGGAAGAAGAAGCUAUUAUCAAACGAAAUGAAGAAAUUAGAAGGAAAUUAUUUGCAGAGCAACAAGCAAUGAAUGAACAAAACAGACUGAGAUCAGAACAAGUAAGUUACGACCAAAAAAGACCAACUCCUCAAGAAUCCCCAAGGGAAAAUCAAAACUACUAUUAUCAAACUAAAAAAGCUUCAUCACGAAUUCGAUCACAAAUCGAAGCACAGAAACAAACUAGAGUAUUACCAAAUAGGAACUCAGGAUUUAGAAUAGUAGUGGACCUAGAUGAUACAAUCACCACCCGACGAUCCCCGUACACAAUUGAUACAAAGCCACCUAAAAAAUAUCUAAGCUACAACAACACUAUUUCAAAUGAACCUUCCCUAAAUGAAGAGGUCACCAGACCAAGUCCCAUUAUCCCAUCUUCACAAAGCAGUAAUUUAGAGUCUACUUCACUACCGCCACGCAUGUACACUGACCAACUCCGAAAGACCCUUGACACUCCUAUCCCUCUCUUGAAAACUGACCCGGAAAAAACUGUAAGGGUGCGACCAACGACAAUUGACACCCAGUCUACCCCUGGUUUAACCAGAGGAAAUUCUAGACAUAGAGGAAGCCACACAUACACGCUUUCACCAAAUGAAGCCGAGCCUCUAAACAGAGGAACUCCUGCAUCCAGGGGAAGGCCCACAUUGAAACCAUCAACAACUGUCGUCGGAAAAGCCUCUGAGUAUGUCGACAUCUACAGAUACCCACCACACAGGCCAUCUAACGUCUUUCCUACACCACAAGUUGACAAAACUGCUGCUAAAUGUAGAAAAGAUGUUUGUUUGCUACCUGACUGCAGCUGCGGAGGAAAAGAUAUCCCUGGUAAUCUCUCCCCAGAAGAGACUCCACAGAUUGUCCUACUCACAUUUGAUGAUUCUGUAAACGAUUUGAACAAGGGUCUUUACUCCGAUCUUUUUGAAAAGGGUCGUGUUAAUCCCAACGGCUGUCCUAUCUCUGCCACAUUUUACGUAUCUCACGAAUGGACCGACUAUAGCCAAGUUCAAAACUUGUAUGCCGCUGGACACGAAAUGGCUUCGCAUUCCAUUUCGCACAGUUUUGGUGAACAGUUCUCCCAGAAGAAAUGGACUAAAGAAAUAGCUGGUCAAAGGGAAAUCCUUGCUGCUUAUGGAGGUGUUAAACUUGAGGAUGUCCGAGGAAUGAGAGCACCUUUCUUGGCUGUCGGUGGAAACAAAAUGUUUAAAAUGUUGUUUGAUUCCAACUUCACUUAUGACUCUUCGAUGCCAGUUUAUGAAAACAGGCCUCCAUCCUGGCCAUACACUCUCGAUUACAAGAUUUUCCAUGAUUGCAUGAUUCCCCCUUGUCCAUCAAGAUCUUAUCCUGGAGUGUGGGAAGUCCCUAUGGUCAUGUGGCAGGAUCUUAACGGAGGAAGGUGCUCGAUGGGAGACGCCUGCUCGAACCCGCCGAAUGCUGAAGGUGUUUACAAAAUGCUCAUCAAAAACUUCGAAAGACAUUUUUCGACCAACAGGGCUCCUUUUGGCUUGUUCUACCAUGCUGCAUGGUUUACACAUCCACACCACAAAGAAGGCUUUAUUUCUUUCCUCGACACCAUCAAUAAAAUGCCUGAAGUAUGGCUAGUGACCAAUUGGCAAGCAAUCCAAUGGAUUAGAGAUCCAACACCAAUUUCAAGGUUGAACAACUUUGCACCGUUCCAAUGCAAUUAUCCAGACAGGCCAAAAAAAUGUAACAACCCGAAGGUUUGCAAUCUCUGGCACAAAUCUGGAGUCAGGUACAUGAGGACUUGCCAGCCUUGUCCCGAAGUGUACCCUUGGACUGGCAAAUCCGGAGUGAGGAACAGCAAGGUGGACAACGAAAUAAUACAGGAGUAAAGACUUGAAGCAGAAAGGGAAAACCACUCAGCCAUACAAGCCAUUAUUUAUUCCGGUUGUUUUUUUUUUAAAGAAAUUUAUAAAGAAAGAAAGAAUGAAUGAGCUGUCAAGCUCUUAUCUUUUUUUUUAUGUAAUUUAAGUAUAACAAUGUUAACAUCUUGGGGUCUCCCCAUUGGUAAAAAGAGGAUGUUUAAACGUGCUUUUUGAAAAAAAAAAAUUAAAACAAAUUAGAAAAUUUUUAGUUUCCUGUGAUACGCUUGUAAAUUAUUGACUCCUAUUGUAUAUUAAUUUUUAUAAAAGAUAAAAAUUGAACAAAAGAGAUGAAAAUUUAGUAACGGUCAUAGAGCAGAAAGUAGAUUUUGUCACGUUUAAAUGUUUUGGAAAUUCAAUCAUCAUUGCUAUGUGGUUACUUCUCCAUUUGAUGCCCGACUUCAAAAACAACCGGCAUAAGAUCGAAGGACUAGCCACAUAACGACGGCAAUGUUUACUACUAUAAUUUUUAUUACCAGAUUUAAGCCAUUAUUAUCUUUAUUAAUUUUGUUUUUUGUACUGUGAUCUGAGGAUGAGGGAGGCUUCAACCGUACGACAGCCUUCAAAGGUGGAAUGAACAAGGAAUGUGUGCUCAGUUUAAUUUAUUGUAAAUUUAUAUUGUAUAUUCUAUCUUCUGUUUAAUACUUUUCUUCUCUAUUUCAUUUAUAUUUUAGAAAACAAAAACAUGAAAGACUCGCAAACUACUAUUUUAAAUUGAUUUUUAAGAUGUGUAAUUUGUGGUCCAGGCAAACUUUUGUUUUUGUUUUUGUAUUUUAAAUUAAAAUAGUCGGUUUUAUACAGUGUAUUGUCCAUAAAUACAUAGUUUCAUGCAAA